GGAGCGGAGCUUUACUCCACACACUGUCCCGGGCCGCGCGGCUUUCGGCUCGACUCCCGGUCUCCAAGUCAACUUUUGGAAUUUGCUUCUCAGGGAUGGCUGCAUCGGUUCUGGAGGAGGAAACACGUUAUGGCUCGAGUCCUUUGGCAAUGCUGACCGCCACCUGCAACAAAUUUGGCAGCACCAGUCCAGUUCGUGACACAGCUACACCCGGAAAAGCAGGAAGUGCAGCAUCAGUAAAGAAACCUUACAGCAUGACUUCUGACCUGCAGGCACCUAAAAAUGGCCGAAGCAGCGAGGGCCUAGUAGACUCUUAUAGCAACUCAUUCAGUACAGGUGGAGGCCUGCUUACCCCCACUGGCAGCCCCCCUCCACCCACAGGAGCAUACACUUCUGACUACAACCCUUUCUCCUCUUUCCAAACCUCCUCUGCCUCUCAGGAUCCUUCACUGUUGGUGACCAAAGCACACGCCACAGCUGACUGCCUGACAAGCGUCUACACCUCGCUUGAUAUGACGCACCCAUAUGGCUCUUGGUACAAGGCCGGCAUUCACCCUGGCAUCACAGCUGCACCUGCCAAUGCCACAUCCUCCUGGUGGGAUGUUCACCCCAGUUCCAACUGGCUGAGUGCUGGUCAAACCCAGUCAGAUGGUCUCCAAGCCCCACUGCAGCCUGUGGCUCCUCAGGCCUCCCUCAGCCCCCCUAUGUCCAGCUAUAGCUCUGACUUCACUUCCCUCAACCCAGCACCAUAUCCUUCUGUGGGUCUCAGCUCCUCCUCACACCUCCUACAAUCCUCCCAACACAUGCUCCCACAGGACAUGUACAAGCCCAAGCCAGUAACCAGUGGCGGUCUCAUCGAGAGCCCCAUGGGCCUAAAACCAACAAGGGGUUCUGGGGCAUAUACCAGCAGUUCUGCCACCAGCAGGUCCUCCUGUGACUGCCCCAACUGCCAAGAGCUGGAACGUCUAGGUGCAUCUGCUGCCUCACUGCGCAAAAAGCCUGUACAUAGUUGCCACAUUCCAGGCUGUGGAAAAGUCUAUGGCAAGGCCUCGCACCUCAAGGCCCACCUGCGCUGGCACACAGGUGAACGACCUUUUGUGUGUAACUGGCUCUUCUGUGGAAAGCGCUUCACACGCUCCGAUGAGCUAGAGCGCCAUGUGCGCACUCACACACGCGAGAAAAAGUUCACGUGUCUGCUGUGCAAUAAGCGGUUCACGCGCAGUGACCACCUCAGUAAGCACCAGAAAACCCACUCUGAGGCGAGCCUGCAGGGCAAAACUGGGAGUGGAGAGAGUGAAUCAGAACCUAGGGGCCCAGAUGAGUCUGCAGACCCAAGUGACGGGGCCCCAGCUGGUCCAGGAAAUGGCAUGCAGGAGCACACAACUAAUGGAGAGGAGAAGAACACCACAGGAAACCCAGUAGAGAACAGUAGUGGACUGCUGGAGAUAUAACCACCAUAUCUGGGGAAAUGAUCUUCAGAUUAAGCUGCUGUUCUAAUCGGUGCUAAUCAGCAUUUUAUAAAUAGAAUGAAUAAGUGGUUUUUUUUGUUUGUUUGUUUUUUAUACAAUAUCCUUUAAAUACAUUUGUUGCCCCUAAAGGGAAAUAAUGCACCACUAUCACAGAUAUUCUCCUGUGGAACAUGAAGGAACAGUGUUUGAAAACAAGAAAGUGGGACAUUAACAUGAACUUUUGUUUGAUAUGCAAACCCAGUCAGGCCUAUGUCUUGGCAAAGCUUUUUAUGAUUAUGAAUUUUUUUUCUUUUAAGCUGUUCAGUUCAUUUGUUAAUCUUUGUCCUUUCUGAUCACUAUCAUAAAUGGUGUUAUAAAUGGUAUUAUUAAACCAUGAUGAGAUGCAGGGUUUUUUGGGGGUGUUUGUUUGUUUGUUUGUUUGUUUGUUUGUUUGUUUGUUUGUUUGUUUGUUUGUUUGUUUUUUUAAACAUGGUUUUGUUAGUGACCAGUGUCCAGGAUUUUGGACUUUUUACAAAGUGUUUAUGAGAAGAAAGGGACUCUAGUUUUUGCUUAUUUAAUCGCAGUCAUUCCUAAAAUUAAAAUAAUUCACUGAGAAGCCCCUCGCAGAUCAGGGCUCAUGCGUCUGUGUAGGUUACAGAAUGGGACUACAGUGUACAGUUUAAUAUUUUCCUUGGAGUUCCUUUUGAAUGCUAUUUUUGUCUUAUUUAAUUUCCUAUUUACAUAAAAUUUUAUUUAUGCCUUAAAUUAUGAACAACAACAAGAGACAAUCUUGCAUUUUACUGGCAUUAAAAAUGGGGAAUGGGGAACACUCAAUGAAAGCAAAGCCGGUCAUGAACAAAUAAAGAUUUUGCAUUUUAUGUGAUUAUUUAUUUAUUUGUUUUCACUGUUGAUUUUCAGGUUCUCGUGGCUGUUGUAUGAACUCUGUUUGUGGAAUAUUAAAAACCAAAUUGUAAGGAUUAAAGUGGAUUUUUCUGAAGUGUCAAUUUAAUUUUAAUUAUUUUUUACCAGUAUGUAAAUAUGA